GCACAGGAGUUGUUAUCACAAUGGCUCGAAUGUUCCCUACGUCUGAUCCGUACCUGCCGCCCUAUAAAUCUCUCAUAAUACAAGGGAAUUAUCACCCUUCAGCUCCAAUUCACAUGUGUCUGUCAGUUCCAACGGGUGCCAAGGCUUUACUUCUUUCUUCUGCUCGACAGGCUCUCAUACGUAGCCUUCAAGAGUAUAACGACGAAUGGUUACUUUCCAAUUCUGGAACAGGCAAUACUUGUCGCAGUAGUUCCGAGGUUGACAUCUUCUACCCUCCAACCCCAAAUCACCUGGUUGUGUUAUUAUCCGCGUUUAGAACACACGAGGCCUCAGAUCCUGUACCUCUUGAUUCCAAAGCAACUCUAGAUUCUGUUCCGUCAUUGCUUGUUUUGCACGAGUUAUCUGCAUACUUCUUGCCCAUGAAUGAAAACAACCCGCACACUAUCGCCUCGUAUCUCCAGCUUGUUAGCUACGCGCUGGCGUUGGCAAGUUUCCUCUCCCCGGAAUCACAAACUCCUAUGCGUUUCGCUCUAUUUGAUUCACAACUUGACCAACUGAAGCUUCCCGUCUUACGAACCCCAACUGUCCCCGUGUUCGACGGAGAAGAGAGCGGCGAUGAAACACCUCGACCCGAAUCCGUCGCUUUUGUGGCACACAAGUAUUUCGAAUGGGUGGGCACGUUUGACCGAUCAGACACUAAUUCUUCAUCUGAUGGAAGUGAAGUACGCCGAUGCACGUUCACGUUGCACAAGCAAGGCAGUGACAGUAAAUCGGAUAUCAUGUGGCGGUGGUCAGAAGUUCCAGAACGGGCGCACAGCCGCUGUGGGGGACCUGCAAUCGCAUUUUCCUGGUAACAACGUGGGGGUCCAAUCCCGCGGUUGGCUUUGCCUGAUAUUUCUGAACACAGGAUAGAUAGCCUUGACCCUUGAUCACUGAGAGUUGAAUCCGGCCCGCCUCCCCGAUCAUUUCUAUGGUGGAACCAGUCGCUGUCAUUACCUGCAGCCGAGUAAUAGUCAUCUCGUCCAACAGUCCUUAGCUAUAGAUUGCCCUUGAUCACUGAGUGCCAGGGGAGUUGAGUCCUGCCCGCCUCCUCGACUAUUGCUAUGGUGGAACCAGUCACUGUCCUUUCCUGGGUUUUACCUUAUAGUCUCUUGUAAUAGUCAGAACAAAGUCAGAAUUUUCAAACAGUCC